AAUGUUACCUACUUUUUAUUGGAAUAUGUUAUCAGUGUACGCGGAGCUCGUAUCAGUGAUAGUGCGAUAUACAAGCAAACGCCUUCACCAUGGCACAGCCAGGUUACAUGGGUCCAAACAGCUUUGGCGAAGAUGCUUACCCAGGCACCUUCGACUUUACUGAACAGAGCAUACGAAGAGGUUUUAUUAGAAAAGUAUAUUCGAUUCUGAUGUGUCAACUUUUGGUAACGAUGGGGGUCAUUGCACUUUUCAUCUUCCACGAACCCACAAAAGUCUUCGUCAGAAAUAAUUCGUACCUAUUUUGGAUAGCGUUCGUCGUUUUAUUCGUAUGUCUGAUUGCCAUGGCAUGUUGCACGGAGCUGCGGCGGCAGACGCCGGUGAAUUUUAUAUUCUUAGCCAUAUUUACAUGCGCACAAAGCUUCCUACUAGGAGUCACUGCUAGUGUCUACGAUGCUUCUGAAGUAAUGAUAGCAGUUGGAAUAACAGCUGCAGUAUGUCUCGGAUUGACGCUCUUCGCUUUCCAAACCAAAUUCGACUUCACGGUAAUGGGCGGAGCUCUAGUCGCGGCAUCAAUGAUCCUACUUGUAUUUGGUAUUUUGGCAAUCAUAUUCAGAAGCAACAUAAUAAAUAUGUUAUACGCCGCUGCGGGUGCGUUGAUCUUCUCUCUCUAUCUCGUGUACGACACGCAACUGAUGAUGGGAGGCAAGCACAAGUACAGCAUCUCUCCAGAGGAAUACAUCUUCGCAGCUCUGAACCUCUACUUGGACAUUGUCAACAUUUUCCUCUUCAUCCUCACAAUUAUCGGAAUGUCGAAAUAGAAUCUAGUCUUAUACGUUAAACUGACUUUAUAUGUAUAUCAUGAUAUAAAGAAUUUAUUUAUCAAAUAAGU